ACAUAUUCAAUUUCCUGCAUUUUCAAAGUACAGAUUAUCAAAAAGAAUAAUCUCUUUGUUUCUUGAUUAACAUUUAAUGCCAAAUUUGUUUAUGUACAGGAGCUGUCUGCUAAUAGUAAAAUCUGUUUUUUACAAGUGUAUAUUAAAUUUCUGAUGUAUCAUGCUCAUUCUAUUUACCCAUUGUUGUAAUACUUCAUGACUUUUUAAAAUUGAUCUAUUAUGAAAGAAGUUAUAGCAGCACAUAUUAAUAUCCUAAAAGCUAGGCACUGAUUAAAUAUAUGUAUAAUUCAUGUUCUAUCUAUGUAGUAUAUUAUAUAAAAUUCAAGCGAAAUGCCUAAUUUCACUAAUUAGGUUUAAUUGUAGGGAGCACACUGCCAUGUUAUUCGAAGAUGUAUAUAGUUUCAAGUAGAUAUAUUUUUUUGUCAUAAGCCAUGACAUUCAUUUUUCUACAACAUAUUACAUUAAAUAUAAAAUGCUGUUGAUAAGUAUUAAAUGCUGCAUAAUUUUUUCUUUCAAUCUUAGUGCCAAAGCCCCAUUUCAUUUAUGGAAUGAAAAAAAAACAAUAUCAAGAGUAUAUCAAUUGUCAAUGUGCGCGGGAAGAAUUCGAUUCGACAUUUUCCGACGAGACCAAUAAUGAAGAAACAACCAAAUUGAAGUCUGCACUUCAGAUCUACAAGACCACCUCCAGAUUUUUAAUCAUUUAUAAAAGAGAUAGAGAUCAGGCGCGUAUUGAGAAAUUAUGCAGAUAUCUUGUGAAAAGUUUAAACUCGGAGUCGCCAACAUAUUCGUAUGUAGGAGUAGCAUUGAACAAAGAUUAUUCAAUAUCAUGGAUAGCACAGAUGAAAAUAGUUCUACAUCAUUGUCUCACUGGAUUAGAAAAUCUCAAGCCAGAAAGGCCAUCGGAUCACAAAUCAGUUCUACUGAGACUACACACAUUGGUCAGUUUUACCUCAGCUGGUACCUGGGCCAUUCUCAGGGUGAAAGGGAUGGAAAAACUUCGGCCUGGUAUGAACCAACUAUGUGCCAAUAUAAUGGGACAUCUAGUCAACAAUGGGUUUUACGCAGUAAUGAAGGUUUUAUUAGUGAAAGGACUUGGUAGAGCUGUAAUAGCUUUAACACCGGUAGCACUAUCAGCCGCAGUAACAUUAUCACUGAGACCACUGGUUUCAUCACAAAUGUCUGACAAACUGGUGUCUCUUUUUUUGAUAAAUAUUUUCAGCGUACCUGCCCUUGUUCAUCACUUGCACAUUGUAUCACCAGAGUGUAUAUCAUCGUUUACCACGCACAGCCUUUAUGCAAGGAGUCUGGAAUUACUAAAUUCUGAACAAAAUUUGAGAAUAGUUUUUAAUGCGCUAGAAGGGAGCUAUGCUCUUUGCUUAUUGGCUAAUCUCAUUCAGUUAGCUAAUAUUGAGAAGGAUGAAGUCUUACGAGAUCUUUACUUCCCUUCAUUUACGUUCGUCGUUACAAGAAUGCUAGAAGCCUGCCAGCAAUACGUGGUCGCUAAGAAAAGUAAUUUAACCCAUUGGCAUCCAGUUCUUGGCUGUUUGGCACAAACUGUCGAUACGAACCUCCAGGAAGCCAUCCCAUUCGUGAUGUCGCAGCUUGCCUGUCUCUGGACGGGAAAGAUCGUUUCCCAGUUAAUUGGUCAACCGUUGAGAGAACUAGUGGAGAAGGAAACGCCGCAACAACCUGAACAGCAGAGCACUUCUGUUGGAGCUAAUAUAUUCAGACGCGCAUUUUUAGAAGCUCGCACAAAUAGAAAUAAUAGCAACAAAAAUUAUCGCAAACUAGGAAGUCCCGAGACUACUAGGAUUGCAAUGAUAUGUUCACUUUAUCAGACCGCCCUGCACACCCUAACUCAAAUGAAGUUAGAUAUACUGACUGGUUUGUGCUAUCAAGAAAAAAUAUUGUAUCACAUGUGGCUAUUUCUAUGCACCUUGGGUCCACAUUGCGGCUUAAAAGCAUUUCUGGAUCAUCUGGCAGCAAAUACUAAGUGUACAGCGCCAGAGUUUCAGAUGUUGAUACUUUUCUGUGACUGCAUGACGCACUAUGUUACUAUUUUGGAUGAUAUCGAGAUGUACGAGCAACAAGAUCCCUUCAAGCUAACUGACUUCAUCACGAUGUCUUAUUUUUUAAAUCAAUUUCUGUAUAAAGCUGUUCUAAACAAUUUAUUUGAUGUUACAGACGUCAAAACUAUAUCGAGCAAUCCUCUUUUCACGUCGCUUCAUACGCUCCUCAUGGCUAUUUAUCGUCGUGACUGUAGACGAACUUUCUGUCCGGAUGGUCACUGGUUGGCUAAGGAGGUGCGCGUUUCCGGUUUUCUAACUGACCUUGAAAAAGGAAGACGAGGUGCUGCUCUGCUCCUUUCAAUAAUGCCCCACGUGAUUCCUCAUUCAGAACGAGUUGUCUUAUUCAGAAAACAUGUAGCUGAUGAGAAGGCAGUGAUGGGUCUUACUGAAAGUGCCUGUAACAGUCCACCAUCGACCCUUAUCACAAUUCAUAGGUCAAGAAUCGUGGAGGAUGGAUAUCGACAACUGGCAAUGCUACCGUCGCAAGCUUUGAAAGGAGUAAUAAGAGUUAGAUUCGUAAACGAGCAAGGCUUGGACGAAGCGGGUAUCGACCAGGAUGGCGUUUUCAAGGAGUUUCUUGAGGAAACAAUUAAGAGGGUCUUUGAUCCGUCCUUGAAUCUAUUCAAAGCUACCAGUGAGAAUAGACUCUAUCCCUCACCAACAUCAUCCAUGCAAGAUAAUCAUCUACAGCUCUUUGAAUUUGUGGGUCGCAUGCUGGGCAAAGCGGUAUACGAAGGAAUAGUCGUGGAUGUACCCUUCGCUUCGUUCUUCGUAUCUCAAUUUUCCGGACGAGCAGGUGGUGCAAACUAUAGCUGGUUGGAUGAACUCGCAUCCCUGGACAGAGAUUUGUACCGCAGUCUGACUCUUGUAAAACAUUUUAAAGGGGACGUAAGACAGUUGGAAUUGACAUUCUCAUUAGAUGAUGAUGUUCUUGGAAAGUUGGUCACUCAUGAACUCAUCCUUGGUGGAAGAGUGAUACCAGUUACUAAUCAGACUAAAAUAAAUUAUAUUCAUCUCAUGGCACACUUUAGAAUGCACAUGCAGAUCAAGGAUCAAACAGCGGCUUUCAUUAAAGGCUUCAGGUCUAUUAUAAAUCCGGAUUGGCUGUCGUUGUUCUCUACACCUGAGUUGCAGAGACUCAUUUCCGGCGAUAAUGUUCCUCUGGAUUUGAAAGAUCUCAGAAGACACACGCAAUACUACGGUGGCUUUCACGAUAGCCAUCGCGUAGUCUGCUGGCUCUGGGACAUAUUAGAGAAAGAUUUCACUGAGGACGAGCGAGGUUUAUUUCUUAAGUUCGUUACGAGUUGCUCGAAAUCACCUUUGUUGGGAUUCGCGCACCUGGAGCCACCAUUUUCGAUCAGAUGCGUAGAGGUCGGCGACGACGAAGACACGGGCGAUACAAUUGGCAGUGUAAUCAGAGGUUUUUUCACAAUUCGAAAAAAGGAUCCCCAGAAUAGAUUACCAACGUCAUCGACUUGCUUCAAUCUACUGAAGCUACCGAAUUACCAGAAGAAGAGUACGCUACGCGAGAAGUUACGUUACGCAGUUACAAGCAAUACUGGCUUUGAGCUCUCCUAAUUAAUUUCCACAAUUGAUAUGGCACAAGUACGAGCAGGAGCGAUUGAUCAGGCCAACUGCAAUUAUCGUGUAUGCUACUCUUGGAUAGUUUCUAUAAAUACUCUAGGAUGUAUAACAAGGUACUUGUUAUGAUUCCUAGUGUCAGUGAGAGUGCAAAAUGUUUCGGGAAGUGUACACUAAUUAACUAACUCCUAGAAACAACACUUUGAUAUGUUUUCAUGGAAUAAUUCGACAGUAAGAAUCCCACCGUGACUAGUGCGUAUUACUUGGAAUACUUUAGCAACAGUGGUAAACGAUUAAUACUACUGUAAUUAGUCGAUCUAAUCGAUCCUCAUCGAUUUUUAUUAUUGCGAAUCGAGAGGAUAUUUCUAUCAAAGUUAAUUAAUACUUCUUCAAUCUUCCUAACUGCCUGAAUCUAUUCAUCAAUUUGAAAAAUUUCUAUCACUCAGCUUACGACGGAUCCGUUUCUCGUGCUGUGGAUUCGAACGUGUGAUUUCGAGCUUAAUUAAAGAACAAGAAAAAAAAAUGGAAUUAUCGUACGCUUGUUACAUAUAAGACACGUAGAUUAAUUAUAAAUAAGCGACCAGUGUAAAAAAAACCCUAAUAUACUUAUUAAAUCAAAAAACCGUAAGUAGCAUCGUUUGAAACUGAAAUUUAAAAAAUUGUUUAAACAAUCAUUUUAAACAAGGGUAACGCAGUACGCACCGAUUACAGUGAAUCAAAUUGCCUAUAUUUUUUAAGCAUUGUGAAUUCAACCGACCAGCAAAAGAUUCCUGAAUGAAUCAAUAAUAAUAUAUGUGAAACACGUGCGUUACUCGUUAGUACUCGCGUGUCUGACGUUAAAAUGUAGUUGAACGCAAACGAUGUUACGGAUAAAAGUUGGCACUUUAUUUUCUGCUACAGUAUGAUGGUACCCGUCACGUUAUAAUGCCGUGCGAGAAAAAUCGGUCAGACCAAAGAUAUGAGGCUGCACCUAGGAUAUCGUGCGUGGACAAGGAGAAAGCAGCUGAAAGAGAAAAAAAGAGAGCUAAUAAUUAAUCGAUGAAGUAACUCGUAGAAAAUAAAGAAGUUACUCUUAAUAUUUUCCUACCGACAAACGUCCGGCAUUUCAGGCUCGUGCGAAUGUUUGCUUCGAAGAGACACGCUUUUCUCGUGUCGCGUUUUACACAUAAGUAUAUACCUAUGGCACACGUAAGAAAUGUACUGUUAUGUAAAAAUAAUACAAUCGCGUCGAAACAAUGCAUGUAAAAAAAAAAAGAAGCUGGCUGAGCGACAAUUGCGGGAGAUAAUUAAGUAGCCGAUUAAAACCAUGUUUAGCAGAUCGAUUAUUGUUUCGAUAUUUGUUUUCUAUUCAUUACCACUUACAAUUUUUUAACGUUAAGUAAACGUGCUUAUAAGCGAAUGAGAAACUCGAUAUGAUACGACUAUCAAACCCUUCCAGAAUCUUUCGACUAACGAUGAGGGAAGUUAAUUUAUUAAGGAGUGAAAAAAAGGAAAUGUCAUUCUCGAAGCUCAAGCAUGCUAAUUAAUGUAUACUUCCCUCUUCUUCUUCCAUGCUUGAGAAUAUUACGUUUCACUCGUUUGCUCAUUUUCUCUCUCGUCUUUUUUCUCACGUCAAUCCUAUACGUAACACAGCUUUUUGGUCGUUAUCUGAUAAAACGUCGAGUAUUACUAUAGAUAGUCCCAUGUCUGACGUCACAAACAGCCUUCUGUGAGAUCAUUAUUCAAGGGUUGCUCGAGCUUCUUUAACCACCAUCGUGCGCUGCUUUAAACAAUCUAUCAUAUAAAAGCUUGAAGUAAUUCAACAAUAGAAAUUUUGUACAAAAAUUAUGCCUAUACCUAUAUCCUUUGUUUUCAUUGCAGCUUUUCUCCUUGUAUUACCUUUUGUCGUUGCAUUGCGGUUAACAGUCUUCCCGCAAUUGGCACGUAUUUUGUAUAUACAUAUUUAUACAUUACACAUAAAGGGAAAACAAACAUACGCGGACCAUCACGCUUUGUAAAUUGCUCGCUUGUAAUGAAUUGUACCAGUGUUUUAUAACUGUGUGUAUAUUGUUGAAUACUGUGAACGAGGAGACAAUUAAUUAAAUACGUUUAAUUAAAAGGGAUUAAUAAUAAUCAUGUAAAUAUUAAAUACA